UCUCCAUCGGGCCUUCGUCUCUAAUGGCAACUCUUUAUCUUUCUCUGAUACCAACCAAUCCAACACCGUCAAACUCCAACUCCAAACCCAUCUCAUCACUCUUCACCACCACCACCCACCUCCAUCUUGAGGCCUUUUACUCUCCUCCUCAUUUCGUUUUUCAUGUACCCGCCAACACUCCAACCCAACCCAGUCUCGAACUCCUGUAAUAAGGGCCGUGGUGGAUAGGGAUUACUCGGCCAGAAGGAGUAGUAGCAAUGAACCCAGAGAGACGAUAAUGUUACCGGGUUGUGAUUAUAAUCAUUGGUUGAUAGUUAUGGAGUUCCCUAAAGACCCUGCUCCAACUAGAGAGCAGAUGAUUGACACUUACCUCAAUACUCUCACCACUGUGCUUGGAAGUAUGGAAGAAGCAAAGAAGAACAUGUAUGCUUUUAGUACCACCACCUACACUGGAUUUCAAUGCACUGUGUCAGAAGAAACAUCAGAAAAAUUUAAGGGGUUGCCUGGAGUUCUGUGGGUACUACCAGAUUCAUAUAUAGAUGUCAAGAACAAAGACUAUGGAGGUGACAAGUAUAUCAAUGGGGAGAUCAUUCCUUGUCAGUACCCUACUUAUCAACCAAAGCAGUCCAAUCGAUCAAAAUACAAGAGUAAAGCAUAUGUCAGACAGAGAGAUGGCCCUCCUCCGGAACGAAGAAGACCAAGGCAAGAGACGCCUUCUCCAGAUUCUGCCUCUGGAUGAGCUCUACUUAUAUCGACAUGCCCUGGUUAUUGUUUAAUUUUUGGAGUGGAAUCGCCAUAUGGAAAUGGUACAUUAUUCUUAAGCAAAUGUUACAUGACAGUUUUAGGAAGAUACAUAGGUAGUUAAGAUUUGAAAUCCCUGCUUAUAUCUCGAGUUGGGUCCCUGCACUAAUUGUCCAAUUGUUUACUGUGAGGCCUGCGGUUUGGUUUUAUUAUGAGGAGUAAGAAGCAAUGUUGUAUGAGUUUGAUGUAAUGUCGAAUUGGUUGUGAAUUGGUAAUCUUAGAUAAACAUAUUUGUUAUACAAUUAUUUGUUCUUUGUUUUGAUUUGUAGGUCAUAUAAUUCACAACGAUUGAUAAGUCUAUGUGUGCGUCCUUGUAUUCUGGUCACUAUAUGUAAGUCUGGUUUUAUGUGCAUUCUGUAUGUACCUUUAGUUGAGCUUCGAGAAAACAUUAAAGCAUCCAAAAAACUGACCAAG